AUGACAAGCACAGAAGCGCUCGGUGCGGGUAUCGCUGUGGAAUGUCCGGCUCUUUCUUUUGACACCAACUACCGCACAACAGCCGAUAUCGUCUGGAGCUGUCUCGUCACUGUUUUCGCCUGCACUUGGCUCUCUGUUCAUCCCAAUGUAUCCGGUCUCGACGCUUCAUGGCGGCAGCGCAUUCAACAACGUAUUUAUCUCAUGUUAUGGGGAAUAGCAGCACCCGAAUUCCUGGUCAUCUUCGCGUAUCGACAAUGGGCAGGAGCUCGCGAUAUUAGUGAACUCGUGCGGCGGAUUGUGAAGGAAGAGAAAAUCGAAAUUCCAGAACGUCAGUCAUGGACGCCAGCCCACAGUCAUUUCCUGCAGAUGGGAGGCUUUAUGUUUACCGAUCCAUCUUCCCCAAACUCCCGGGCAGAAUUCGUCGACAUCCACGAGCUGGCUACCAACAAUUCGGCUGACGCCGGGCGAGAAGCCCUACGCGUUGUCCUCCGUAAUGCACCAGCUGUGGAUGAGAUUUGGGACAGAAGCAAAGGAGACACGUUGUCGAAGGCAGUGGUGGCAGCACAAACGGCGUGGUUCUUGGCCCAAAUUAUCUCCCGGGGAGUACAGCACCUUACCAUCACCGAGCUCGAGGUGAUCACCCUAGCGUAUGCUGCGUUCAAUGGAGCGAUGUACGCCUUUUGGUGGAAUAAGCCACUGGACGUCCAAUGUCCCAUCGUAAUUCCGUCCAGUGGCAUAUCCAGACUUCGACCCUACCAACGUCAGAGCAUCUUCGAUACCGUCACGGGCCUAUCCAUCCAUUGGCCACAUGAUAGGUCCGGAAGUGAUUCCUCCGUCUUCUCCCUCACUUCACUUCCAACUAGCUUUCAGAGAGGUCGGGGUCGUGAAGGCCCCGACUGGAACCUUGGCCUGACUACACAUGGUCAUGCGAUCUAUUCCAUGUCGCCUAAUCGGCCGCUUCAGAUUGCUGAUAUUGCGAGACCAAGUAUCCUAUCGAGGUGGACACUUUUCUUCAGGACGCUUUUGCGUCGCGUAAUAGACUACAUCCACAAGCCUCUCGACAUUAUGCACCGUGUGUAUAUCCUCACCGGCUUCAAACGCCCUCGACAAAACUACCCGUUCACAAUCUUUGAUCAGGCCCAUGGAACCGAGUCUAAACGACAAGCGAGGCAGCCCUCCGCCAGCGAUCCCUCAGCAGUGCCCAUGUUCUACACCUAUUCCAGUGCACCAGACCACGCACCACGCUCUAUUUCAAUAUCCGCCUUGGCGAUGUUCCUGGCAUCGUGCUUUGGUGCUGUCCACUGCAUAGCAUGGUACUUUACUCGCCAAACCCUAGCGGAAACUUUGCUUUGGCGGAUAUCUGCUUUAUUAAUUUGCCUGUCCCCUGUCGUAUCGUGUAUCACUUUCCUCGUAGCCACGUGGUUCUCGUGGCUUCUGUAUGGGUCUGCACGAUGGUGGCACUUCCUCAUCGUGAAGAAGAUGUUAAUGAAGGUUCUGGCCCCUUUCCAUAACCAUGUUUUUAUUCCCCUUUUACUCCCUAGUUAUCUUAUCGCUCGAUUAAUUCUGAUAGCUUUGGCCUUUGCUCAGCUACGCAAGCUCCCGCCUACGGGACAUAAAACGGUAGAAUGGUCCGAAUUCUUACCCCAUGUAUAA